AUGGGUGAUGAUGUGGUUGAAGAUGCCAAAACCACAGCUGGGGAUGUCAAAGAUGGCGCCACUGAAGUUAUGAGUGAUGCCAAGGAAAAGACUGAGUCUUUUGCUGAUUGGGCUUAUGACAAGUUUGCCCAUGGUUUCGGGUUGAAAGAGGAUGAGGAAAAAAAAUUGGCUGAAAACAAGAAGUUUCAAGUUGAAGAGGCUGCCUCAAAGGCCGCAGAGUCAGUGAAAUCAGCGGCAUCAGGAGCUUCUGAGUACGUUUCACAGACGGCUUCUGGUGCCAAAGAGAAAGCAAAAGGAGCUUACGAAUAUGGAAAAGAUAAGGCCUCUAAUGCAUAUGAUGAAACCAAGAAGCAAACAGAAAAGGCCUCAAAUGUUGUUGGAGAGAAAGCCUCUACUGCAUAUGAUGAAACCAAGAAGCAAACAACAAAGGCCUCAAAUGUUGUUGGAGAGAAAGCCUCUAAUGCAUAUGAUGAAACCAAGAAGCAAACAAAAAAGGCCUCAAAUGUUGUUGGAGAGAAAGCCUCUACUGCAUAUGAUGAAACCAAGAAGCAAACAAAAAAGGCCUCAAAUGUUGUUGGAGAGAAAGCCUCUGAUGCCUAUGAAGAAACAAAGAAGCAAACGAAGAAGGCCUCAAAUGUAGUUGGAGAAAAAGCCACCGGUGCUAAAGAUACGGUGGGUGCAGUGGGGGAGAAAGCAGCAGAGACUUUUGGCCAAGCUAAACAUAAAGUGGGUGAGGCAUAUGACUCAGCGAAGAAAACCGUGACUAAAGAUAACAAAGAGACCAAGACUAAGUAG